UGUUGAAUGAGAGGCGGCUUGACUAGUGAGGCAGACGGAGUAGCAGCACUCUGGCGACCGCAUCUCUCAAACUUAUCUCCAUUACCUUUAGUGUAUUCUCGUGAAAAACACACACACAGUGGCGUAUACGCUUUUGGAUUUACCCGCAAACACCGCUUCUCCAAACGGCACCGCCGCGGCUUUACGACAAAAUGUUGAAAACGGAGAAUGUGCAAAAGAUGGUGAGUUCUGAAGGUUGCGGCAAGAUCAAGACGGAGGUGCUGCAGCAGCAACAGCAGCAGCAACACCAGCAUCAGCAACAGCAACAGCAACAGCAACAUAUGAGCACAUCUUCAGGAAUGGAAGCAUCAGUCAUUCUUGAAGACUGUGAGUUGUGGACACGCUUCCAAGCACUCACUAAUGAGAUGAUUGUUACUAAGUCUGGCAGGAGGAUGUUCCCAGUGGUGAAGGUAACAGUGGGAGGACUGGAGGCUGCUGCCAUGUACUCUAUCCUUCUGGAGUUUGUACAGAUCGACACACACAGGUGGAAGUACGUGAACGGAGAGUGGGUGCCAGGUGGUAAGCCAGAGAACCCACCACCUUCACCCAUCUACAUCCACUCAGACUCACCUAACUUCGGCUCCCACUGGAUGAAGGAACCUGUUUCCUUCGCCAAGGUGAAGCUUACCAACAAGACCAACGGUAACGGUCAGAUCAUGCUCAACAGUCUUCACAAGUACGAGCCCCGGCUGCGUGUGGUUCAGGUGGGUGGAGAACAGAGAACUAUCUCCUGCCACUCCUUUCCUGAGUGUCAGUUCAUCGCCGUCACCGCCUAUCAGAACGAGGAGGUGACGGCGCUCAAGAUCAAGCACAACCCUUUCGCCAAGGCCUUCCUGGACUCCAAGGAGCGUCCGGACCUGCACACCCAGCGAGACAUGAUGGCAGCUUACUCUCAACCUCACCCCCAGCAGUAUGGCUGGUACAUGGGAGGCGGGGCGGGGAUGUGCAGCGGAGGCGUGGCCUACGGACAGGCUCCUCCCCCAGGGAUGGCCUUGACUCCGCCCCCCGUCACUCUGUCUUCACGCAUCGCCGUCAACAUGAGGAACCACAGGGUCGUCCCUUACACUUCUCCCACCCCGAGGACGACCAGGACUCCCCCAGUGAACAGCAUGUCGCAGCAGCAAGCAGCAGGCGUUAGCAGCUACGGUCUGGCUGGUCUGGCUGCUGAAUGGCGCCAACAGUCAUGGGGUCACCACCACCAUCACCAGACCUCCAUCACACCCUCCACCACCGUCACGCCUGCACACUACCAGUGGACGGGCCUGCAGGGAGGCUACACCCACCCAUCCCACCACAGCGCUGGGUUCUACCAAGGCUACCAGCAGUGUGGCGUCGCAGGCAUGACUCUCCCCAACCCCACCACCAGCACACCGCCCAUACACUCCACCCACCACGCUCACCGCUCCCCACAGGAGGCUCUCACCCCUAUGUCUACAUACUCCGACCCUCAGGGCUUCACUACCAGCCGCUCCUCUCCCUUAUAUGAGUCAGUCCUGGGCUCCUCUGCAGGUAUCUACGGCGGCGGUCGACUACACGAAGACUCCUCGGAUCAUCACAGCACAGGGGACGGAUCUCCUCAGUCGGCGGGGUCCCCACCUCUCAGUCACACCACCCAAGCAGACAUGUUCAUCCUACCAGACCUGGGCUACCCCAGCGGACUGGCUGUCCAAAACACCGACAUGUCACGCAUCAAGGAGGAGGGGCUGACAGACCCACUCUGUACGUACAGCACCGCCUCUCCCCAUGCCUGGAGUCCUCUCUCUCCUCCUUGCAUGUAAACAGACACCUGUUCCCGGAACAAGUUUUCAGGUAACCUUCACCCGACGUCCUGUCACCAUGUCAACAAACACCUGUAAUAAAACCUGCUCAGGUUUUCAAAGUAGGUUGAAUUCGAGGCUCCUGUCCGCCUCAAUACCUGCUAAGGUUCUCAAAGUAUAUUGAAUCUGAGGUUCCUGUCACCUCGUCACCUACUCAGGUUCUCAAAGUAGGUUGAAGAUGAGGCUCGUGUCCACAUCGUCACCUGCACGUGUGACAUGCCUUGCUAAGCAAUGUUAGCGCCAAAUUCACAAACUAACCCACAAAUUCUAGGUGGCAACUAACGGCGUUUCGGUCCUUCCUGGUACCAUUAUCGGAGAUGGACCAAAGCUCCGUCUACCUUCUAAAUUAUGGUGUUCUGUGAACUGCGCCAGUCACGAUGUAACCGUGACCAAGUUGGUCAUGGUUACACCUCAUGGUUGGACAUCAUAUUCGGAUGUCAUGAUUAGACUGAUAAAAUGUUAUGAACUUCGAGGACUCAGCGAGUCAUACGCUGAUACAAUGUACAUAAUGUAUAUAUAUAUAUUUAUAUAUAUAUAUAUAUAUAUAUUUGUUAUUUAUGAGCUAUUCACGGUAUGCUGUGUAUGAUCUAUCCGUGGUAUGUUGUAUAUAAUUCAUUCUUUGUAGGCUGUGUAUGAAUUGUCCAUGGUAGGCUGUGUAUGAGCUAGCCAUGGUAGGCUGUGUAUGAGCUAGCCAUGGUAGGCUGUGUAUGAGCUAGCCAUGGUAGGCUGUGUAUGAGCUAGCCAUGGUAGGCUGUGUAUGAGCUAGCCAUGGUAGGCUGUGUAUGAGCUAGCCAUGGUAGGCUGUGUAU